GGAGCACAGUGGAGACGUGGAAUUCAGCUCCCUUCCAGCCGGCUGACCCGCUACCUGCUAGUUGGCUAGUCCUCUGCAGAUUCAAGACGAGAAUUACCAUAGCGAUCGAUUAAAGUUUUGGACCCGUGCUUGCCGCGUCCGUGAGAGUGUGAAUGCGUGAAAGGGGAGCGGGCUGACAGGAUGAAGCUGAAAGAGAUCAACCGCACAGCUAUCCAGGCCUGGAGUCCAGCGCAGCAGCAUCCAGUAUACCUGGCCACAGGCACCUCUGCCCAGCAGCUAGAUGCCAGCUUCAGCACCAGCGCCUCGCUGGAGAUCUUCCAGCUGGACCUGACCGACCCGACACUGGACAUGAAGACUAGCGGCACCUUCUCCUCCCCUCACAGGUACCAUAAGCUGGCGUGGGGUCCUCAUGGCAUCGGGUCAGACGGGCAUCCCUCGGGGGUUCUCAUCGCCGGGGGAGAGAACGGAAACAUCAUCCUGUACGACCCCGCCAAGAUCAUCGACGGCAGCAGCGACGUGAUCAUCGACCAGAGCACCAAACACACCGGCCCCGUGCGGGCGCUUGACGUCAACUCCUUUCAGACGAACCUGUUUGCCUCAGGAGGGAAUGAGUCAGAGAUCUACAUAUGGGACCUGAACUCCUUCAGCUCUCCUAUGACCCCCGGGCCAAAAUCUCAGCCCCUGGAGGAUGUGAGUUGCGUGGCGUGGAAUGGGCAGGUGCAACACAUCCUCGCGUCUGCCAGCCCUAGUGGCCGAGCCUCCAUUUGGGAUCUGCGCAAGAACGACCUCAUCAUCAAAGUCAGCGACCACAGCAACCGGAUGCACUGCUCGGGGCUGGCGUGGCAUCCGGAGGUGGCCACUCAGCUGGCGUUGGCGUCUGAAGACGACCGCAUGCCCGUCAUCCAGAUGUGGGACCUGCGCUUUGCUACCUCACCGCUCAAAGUGCUGGAGAACCAUACCAGAGGUGUGUUGUCCAUUGCCUGGAGUCGGGCUGAUCCAGAGCUGCUGCUGAGUUGUGGGAAAGACAACCGCAUCCUGUGCUGGGAUCCAAACACUGCCGAGGUUCUCUAUGAGCUGCCUACCAGUAGCCAGUGGUGUUUUGACAUCCAGUGGUGCCCCAGGAACCCUGCUGUUCUCUCUGCUGCUGCCUUCGAUGGCCACAUCAGCGUCUACUCCAUCAUGGGUGGCAAGAAUGACGCAGUUAGCCUCAAACAGGCCGAUCAGAUCAGCUCAUCGUUUGGUAACAUGGACCCGUUCGGGACGGGUCAGACUCUGCCCCCGCUACAGCUCCCUCAGGCACCUGCUGCUGCCCCCGCCACCGUCACCCCCCUCAAGAAACCCCCCAAGUGGAUCCGCCGCCCUGUCGGAGCCUCAUUUGCGUUCGGAGGCAAACUGGUUUCCUUGGAGAACAGCGCGCCUCCUACUCAGCCUUCCCAGCAGCCUCUGCCGCGUGUGGUGCAUGUCAGCCAGGUUGUCACAGAGACGGCGUUCCUGGAGCGUUCCGCUCAACUGCAGGCCACCCUGAGCGCCGGAAGCUUCGCCGAGUUCUGCCAGACGAAGAUUGAGGCUGCGCCCGGUGAAUUUGAGAAGGCAGUGUGGUCCUUCCUCAAGGUGAACUUUGAGAACGACAGUCGUGGGAAGUACCUGGAACUUCUUGGGUACAACAAGGAGGAGUUGGCAUUGAAGAUUGCUGAGGCGCUGGAGAAGAAAGACUCCCAGCCUGCAGAGGCCGUAUCUGAGCCUCUAGCGGUUCCCGAAUCUCAACCAGAACCGGAACCUGAGCCAGAACCUCAGACUCAAGAGCCUGAACCUGAACCCGCUCUUCCCGAACCCACGCCAGACUUCCCUGCCGACUCCUUCUCCGUCUUCCCCGCCGACUCCUUCUCCAUUUCACAGCCCGUGAUCCUCCAUCAGCCAGAAGCAGUACCAGAACCUCAGCCUGCAGUGGACCACGUACCUCCACCGCAAAUGGAGCCUGCGAUUCCACCAGAACUUGCAACAGAACACGUACUUAAAUCUGAGGUGGAACUCGCGCCUGAACCCAGUUCUGAAGUGGAAUUUGUACCUGAAGCUGAAGUGCCGCUUGCACCAGGACCCCAGGCUGAAGGUCUUCUGCCUCCUGAAGCGGUCCCUGUGGGACAACCUCCUGAAGCGGCUAUUCUGGAACCACCUCCUCAAGUAGGCAUUCUGGAACCACCUCCUCAAGCUUCUAUUCUGGAACCACCUCCUCAAGUAGGCAUUCUGGAACCACCUCCUCAAGCUUCUAUUUUGGAACCCCUUUCUGAAGUACCUCUUCUAGAACCACCUUCUGAAGUACCUCUUCUAGAACCACCUUCUGAAGCGGCCAUUCCGGAACAAUCUCCUGAAGCCAUUACCUUGGACGCCUUUCCAGCCGCCAGCCUUCAUCUGACACCCGACGCCAUGGCCGCGGUGGACCUCCAGGACUUCAGUGUGCCGACACUCGCUCCUCCACUCAACCUGCUGCAGCAGCAACCUGUGUCUCUCUUCGCGCCUCCCAGUGAAGUCCCGCAGUCUCUCCCUGUAUUUGCACCUCCCGGGGACAUCCAGCAAUCUCUUCCUUUAUUCGCACCUUCAGUUGGUUCUCUGGACCCAGUACCCCUGCUUCCUGCCCCGGCAGAUCAACUACCCCCUGUGAACACAGGCUUCAUGAGUCCCCCUUACCCUUCAGACGCGUCGGCUGUUUCCCUAGCAGCUCCUGGCUUCGGUCUGGCCCCCAUGGAAGUCCUACCCCCCCAGAUGGACCUCUCCUUUCCACCAGUGGCUCAACUUCCUGUAAAUGAAUGUAUACCCCAAGAUGUCCAACCACCUGUGCUUGAUACUGUACCUGGCAUUGUCUCCUCACCUGUACCCGAGUCUAUACCUGCUGUCGGCAUAGCACCUGUGCCGGAGUGCAUACCUGCUGUGGACCUUUCGGCUCCUCCACCUGAAGUGCCUGUAGUUGACUCGUCUCCUCCAGUACCCCUGCAGUCGGUGCCCAUGUUCACGCCAGGUGCCCCUCCGCAGUCGGUGCCCAUGUUCAUGCCCGGUGCCCCUCCGCAGCAGCUGUCUCAGGCGUGUGACCUCUCUGAUCCAGCAGAGGGCGCUCCUGAGCCCCCGGUGGUCAUGCAGGCUCCUGCCCCUGCGGUGGAUCUACCAGGGGACACGCAGGACCCAGCGGCCCCCGUUCCCUCCAAGGAGGAGGAGGAAAGAACCCCACAGGAGUGGAUGCCGGAGGAGGAGGAGGAGGUGGAGCUAGAGCUGGAAGAAGAUCUUCUGCCAGAACCGGUGCCAGUGACUGUGGUGGAACCGGAGAUGGAGGAGGAGGAGGACGCAGCUGAUGACCUUAUUGAAGAACCCUUAGAAGAUCCCACGGAGGACUCGAGCACAGAGCCUGCAGAGCCCGCCACGGAAGCUGAAUUGGUGGUAGAACCACCCGCACCUGCUCCGUCCGUUUCAGAACCGGUCAAACUCAAAGUUCGCAAAGACGUGGACGGUCUGAUCACACAGGCACUGCUCAUAGGCGACUACGAGAGUGCCGUUGAUCUCUGUCUCCAUGACAACCGGAUGGCGGACAGUAUCAUCCUGGCCAUCGCUGGUGGACCGGAACUCCUGGAGAGGACCCAGAAGAAGUACUUCCUGAAGACCCAGACAAAAAUCACCAAGCUCAUCAGUGCGGUGGUGAUGAAGGACUGGCUGGACAUCCUGCAGACGUGUGAGCUGCACAACUGGAGGGAGGCACUAGCGGCGGUCAUGACCUACGCCAAACCCGAAGAGUUCUCCACUCUCUGUGGUCUGCUGGGCUCUCGUCUGGAACAGGCGGAGGACUUGUCUCUGCAGGCCCAGGCGUGUUUGUGCUACAUCUGCGCUGGCAGCGUGGAGAAGCUCGUCACCUGCUGGACCAAAGCCCAGGAGUCCCAGUGCCCACUCUCACUGCAGGACCUGGUGGAGAAGGUGGUGAUUCUGCGGCAGGCGGUGGAGAGGACUCACGGGGCGCAGGCCUCUGCCGUGGGCGCCAUGUUGGCGCAGAAGAUGGGCCAGUAUGCCAGUCUGCUGGCGUCGCAGGGCAGUCUGGACACCGCCCUGGCCUACCUGCCUGAGAACAGCAACCAGGAGGUGGUGGAGCGUCUUCGAGAUCGCCUCAGCAGAGCUCUCGGCCACCAGGUGGCAGCUGCCCCCGUGACUGCCCCCCAGGUGGCAGCUGCCACCCCCCAGGCCCCCAGCGCCCAUCCUGCUGUGCCCACAAACAUGCCCGCCGCCAGGCCAGCGGCCGCGCCAGCCUAUGCCUACAACCAGCAGCACUCCGCACAGCCUGUGCCCACACCGGCACCAACACACACAGCACCUCAGUACUACCAGCAGUUCAGGUCCGCGUCCACAGUCACCUCCUGGAGUAACCAAACCCCAACUGCCCUCCCCAGUGCCCCUCGCCCGCUAGGCCCUGCCCCUGAACCACAGGUUGACCCUGGUGUUCCACCAUUUGGUCUUCAGGCUCCUGUGAGUGCCGCCCCUCCUGCGUCAUCUGCUCCAGGAUUCAUGCAGUCACAUCAGUACCCUCACCCUCAGAUCUUUCCUCACUACAAUGCCGGGGCUGCUGCUCCCCCGACCCUCUACAACCCUCUCCAAUACUCUUCAUCGCCCCCUACUGGCGCGGCUGUCUAUCCUCCCUCCUCCUCCUCUGCCCCUUACCCCCAUCCCCAUCACUACAUGACCCCUGCUGCCCCCUACCCCCCCGGGCCUUCCGCAGCCUACCCCUCCCAUCCUCAUCAUCAUCCUCCUCCUCCUCUUCCUCACUCGCUCCCUUCUCCUCCUGCGGCCUCUGUCGCUCCCUCUUUCCCUUCUCCUCCGCCUGUCGCCUCCUCCUCCUUCGCUCCUUCCUCUCCUCCUCCGCUGAUGGGAGGAACGCCGUUUCAGCAGGGCGGGCUGGGCUCCCCCGUCUCCAACGCCCCCCCUCCACUGGUGCCCGGAGCCUCAGGGUCCAUGAGUCACGAUGAGAACAGUCUGGCUGAAGGACCUCAGAAUGGUUGGAAUGACCCUCCCACCCUGACCACUAGAGGUCCCAAGAAGAAGAAGGUUCUGGAUAACUACACCCCUCCGGCCCCCAUCACUGCCCCCAUCAUGUCUCCGCUAGGGGAGCCCCAACCGCAGGCCCCGACGGGCCCCCCACAGCCCUAUCAGCCUGGCAUGCAGACCCCCUACACCCCCAUGCAGCCACAGCCUCCGCAGGGCCCUGGCCCGGUCCCCGGCCCCCCCUCCAUGCCCCACCUGCCCCACAUGAACGUGGAGGGGGCCCCCGGCGCCCCUACUGGAGGCCGCAUGCAGCCCAUGCAGAAGCUGCCAGCUGAGAAGAUUGCUAAGAAGCCGAUCCCUCAGGAGCACAUGGUGCUCAAGACCACGUUCGAGGGACUUGCACAGAAAUGCCUGGCUGCUGCUUCAGACCCGCAAACCAAGAGGAAGCUGGACGUGGCCAACAAACGCCUUGACAUGCUGUAUGACAAGCUGAGGGAGCAGAGCCUCUCUGCAGCCAUAGUGGGCGGCCUGCACAACAUGGCGCGCAGCAUUGAGGCGCGGGCGUACGCCGACGGCCUGAACAUCCACACACACAUCGUCACCAGCAGCAACUUCAGCGAGAUCUCCGCCUUCAUGCCUGUGCUCAAAGUGCUGCUCACAGAGGCCAACAAACUAGGGGUGUGAGACAAGGGGGAACACACACACACACACUCACACUCACACUCACAUGCUGUAUGUGUGCACGCAUGCAGGCACGCACGUACACUCCACACACGCAUACCGGUACACACAUUCUUUUGCACAAACACACACACACACACACACACACACACACACACACACACACACACACACACAGAUGCUGCCACUCUACCAGUGUUAACGCAACUCUAGUCCAAGCCAUGACUGUCCUGAUCAGUACGGUGCCCAAAGGUCGGGACGCGGGACCAAGCGCUUGACCGCCUGCCAGUCUUACUCUCAUCCUAAUCACACCUCUGACGUCUGUCUUCUGUUUCCCAAUUUUGUUUUUUAUUUCUUUGUUUUGGUUUCGUUUCUUUGUUUUUAUUCGUUGUUAUUGUUCGUUUCCUGUUUUUGUUCUGUGCGUAAUCAUGUGAGAGCAGAGUGCAAUGGGGUUCCCCCGAAGGAACCCGCAGAACCCACCUCACACAGAUGGUGUUUACAGAACUCAUCUUUUAAACCGGGUGGCAUUCUUAGAACCCACACGGAACCCUACUGACUGUGUUCUAACGGUGGAACGUGCACCCCGGGGCUAGUCAGCUCCAUCUCCAGUCGUCCCUCCAUCUGGGGAUCUACUGUAGAGUCUUUCCCGGUUCUCUGCGGGCUCCCCAGAACCGAUCUAAUCAUUAUUUAACUCUCUUGAAGCUUUUAGGGAAGACCUUUAGUCGCAGUUGCAGAGCACUAGUCUGAAGAAUGCAGCAUGCUUUAAAUGAAGUAGACGACCCAAAGAGGUGGUUCUUCACUCAGUCACCUUCUGUAAGCCAAACCCCAAAGGUGACUGACUGUAGUAGUAAUCUUGCCUUCAGUGUGUAUCAGUCAGUUAAUCGUACUACAGAUGCAGUGCUUUUAAGCUUGGGCUAUUUUAAUUCAAGAAGCAAGAUUCAGCUUGACUUUCCUUUGCAGCUUUUUCUAUCAGAGGAUCCAAAACAAGCAAAUAUUUCCAUAUAUACUAUUUAUUUUAAAGGUUUUUAAUUUGAAAGUUGCAAUGGCAGCGCCUUUUAAUUAUGAGAAUAAUUGCUGCAAUAUUUCUAGUAGUACCAGUGAUCACGUUGUCAACCAAGGGCUGCCCAUUGAAGCAUUGAAGUGUCUCAAGUCACUCACAUUAUAAUCAUCUGAUCACUGGCUGUGGGCUACUCUUUUAACAGCCCAGUCUGAUGAGUUCUUUAUGAUGACAUUAUGCAUCCAGAGAUGUUCAUGACAAGAGGUUUGCCAAGGCUCAAGACCAUGAGUAACAGAGUGGACAAAGACCUUGGCUUGACCACAGGCUUGAAAACGUAGACACAAAGGGAAUGUGUGUGAGUGAGUGUUUCUGACACAUCUCCGUAUAUUUGGUAACGUGUACUGUACGUGUGUGUGUCUGAGGUUUCAGUUGUGUCAUGGGCCGUUGAGAUGAAAUAUUUGCCUUCAACUUCUUCAGCUGAAAGCAGCCUGUUCUGCAAAACGCUACAGCUUGUCCUCAGAGAUGGAGGUCCUGAAGAUGGAGGUUCCACAGUCAUAUGUGGACACCUGGCUCCUGACUGGUGUCUUUCCUCUCCUGUGAGAUCUCUCUGAUCAUCAGUCUGAUGUAAAAUGUAGUAGCAAUCUACAAAGAAAAAACUGGUCUAGGACAUUGAUUAACAUUUCUCUGCAGACGGGUUGGAAAAGUAAUUUGUUAUCAGGAGUCUGUAAUGCUAUGUUUUUGAAUCUUAUCAAUAAAUGCAUAAUUAUGUAAACCCAUGUGAAUCUUUUUCUCUAUAAUAUCUGAGUUACA